UGGAAGAGCUGCCUAUGCUGCUGUUGCCUCCCCUCUCUGUCUGUCCCUGCUUCGGAUGGUAGAGUAGUUGGCUGUGGACCUCUGCCUCCUUGUCCUCUUCUCUCCUUCUCCGUUAUGACUACCAGGAGACCAUUUAGCCCCAGCAUCGUGUGUGGGCACCAUUCAGAAGAGAGUGGCCCCCACCUCCUACCUAUAAGUCCCCCAAGGUCUCUUUGCCAGCUACUGCUGCCACUCAGGAACUAGGGUACUCUGCAUAGGAGUUUUUGCACCUCUCCUUCACAGGAAGACACAGGAGCUCUACCUUUUUUUAUUCAUGUUUUUUUCCUUCUCACUUUUCAUCCUUUCUUUUUCUGUUCAAGGCUUCUCUGCAGCUGUGGUAGGACUAGGAGUGUCACGCUCAAACUCUCCUGUGUCCUUCCUCUUUCUCUUUUGCUCUCCCUCUAUCUCUCAAUCUCUUGAAGGUUGUUCAUGGCGCACAGGGACAUUACUGACAGGUCUGAGUCAUUUUGCAUCAUCACUUCCCCUGUCUGAGAGUAUGAAGGAGCAGGAACAUUGGAGAAGAUGAUUCUUUUGGCUGGCCUGCUUCCCCUGGGUUCAUGGAAAUUCUCAACGGUCGCCAGUCAAUGCCACAGGGAGUGUCAUCUCAACAGGAAAAGUAGUGGAAGGAUACGUUUUGUUCAGCACAAAUUUUGAGUUCCAGUGCUGUCUUUACCGUGGAGUCGGACUGGAUUCCUGUUUGGAUUACUAGGGUUUGUGUCUGUGUGGAAGUAGCUGUAGAGUCCCUGGCUCUGUGUAAUCAUGGGCAAUGCAGCUGGGAGUAUGGAGUUUCCAAUGGGGAAGGAGGGGAAGACAGUGUCGUUUCCCCCAGGCUCAGAAACCCCCCCAGAAACAGGAGGUGGGGCCCAAAAUUCCCAUGCCGGCCGAAGAGGAGUUAGACGAGCGCUUCAAUGUGGUGCUGAACUCCAUGAAUCUGCCUCCAGACAAGGUGAAGAUCCUGUGUCAGUAUGACAACGAGAAGAAGUGGGAACUGGUCUGUGAUCAGGAACGGUUCCAAGUGAAGAAUCCACCCUCUGCUUACUUGCUGAAGCUCAGAAGUUAUCUUGACCAGGGAGGGGUUAGUCGUAAGUUCAAGAGGCGUGUCCAGGAGUCCACACAGGUCUUGAGAGAGCUGGAAAUUUCCCUGAGGACCAAUCAUAUUGGCUGGGCUCAGGAGUUCCUCAGUGAGGAGAACCGGGGCCUGGACUUCCUGGUUGACUAUAUGUCCUUCGCCCAAUGUGCCGUCACCUAUGACAUGGACAGUUUGGACAACGGGACAGCCACACUGGACAAAUCUGUGAAGGACUUGACGAGGAGUGCCGGUAACUCUCCAAUCCAUAGUGCUUCUAAAGCUGCUCGUUCCCUUACUGUGAGAUUCAACGCUCUCCACAGCAGGAAAGCGAUGAGGAACUCACGCCUCGUCAGUCAGAAAGAUGACGUUCACCUCUGCAUCAUGUGCCUCCGUGCAAUCAUGAACUACCAGUCUGGGUUUAACCUGGUGAUGACCCACCCGUGUUGUGUGAACGAGAUCACCCUCAGCCUCAACAACAGGAACCCCAGGACCAAAGCUCUGGUGCUGGAGCUGCUGGCUGCUGUAUGUCUAGUGAGGGGCGGUCAUGACAUCAUCCUCUCCGCUUUUGACAACUUCAAAGAGGUAUGUGGAGAGAGGAGCCGCUUCGAGAAGCUCAUGGAGUAUUUCUCCAAUGAAGACAGCAACAUUGACUUCAUGGUGGCGUGCAUGCAGUUCAUCAACAUCGUGGUCCACUCAGUUGAGAACAUGAACUUCAGGGUCCAUCUGCAGUAUGAGUUUAGCCACCAUGGCCUGGAUGACUACCUCCAGAGGUUAAAGUUCACGGAGAGUGACAGGCUGCUGGUGCAGAUCCAGGCCUACCUAGACAACGUGUUUGAUGUGGGGGCUCUGCUGGAGGAUGCGGAGACCAAGAACGCCCUGUUGGAGCACAUGGAGGAGCUGCAGGACCACAAUGCACAGAUAAGCAGCAGAUUGCAAGAGAGUGAGAGGGAGGCGUUGGAGACAGUGUCAGAGUUGGAGAAACAUCUCAUACAGACCACCAAAGAGGUGGAGCUGCUAAAGGAGAGUCUGCGUGAGUCCUGUGCCCAGGUGACCAUUCUACAACAGAGGGAGAUAGAGAGAGAGAUAGAACGAGAGAGGGAAAGAGAGAGGCAGAGGGAUAGAGAUCGUUCAGCCCAGGCCUUGGUGGAGCUGGAGGAGAAAGUUCAGGGGCUUGUGGACCAGCAACUGAUUCGAAUGGAGCGCUCGUCCUCGGGACACCUGGACCUCCAUGUCGUCCCUUUCAUCCUUCCUGUUUCCAUCCAUGCUGAAACAGAACAAAUCACGACUGUCGAUGGACCUGUGGCCCCUCCCACAUCUGUAGUCCCGCCCCCACCCCCUGCUCCUCCAUUACCUGGUGCAACAGAGGUCACGGCACAAGCUCCUCCUCCUCCACCUCCUCCUCCUCCCCCUCCAUGCCCGACGGCACCACCACCUCUGCCCCCCCCUCUUCCAGGGGGUGGUAUAGCCCUCCCGCCACUACCUCCAAGCAUUGGAAUGGCCCCACCAUUUGGGGGUAUGCAUGAUGGACAAACUGGUAACAGAAACAAGAAGCCCAUUCAGACUAAGUACUGUUUGCCUUCAUUCAACUGGCAGGCCCUCAAACCCAACCAGGUGGCUGGGACCAUCUUCAAUGAGCUGGAUGAUGAGAACGUUUUGGGGGAGUUGAACAUGGACGCCUUUGAGGAGCAGUUUAAGACCAAGGCCCAGACAGCCCCGGCUGACGUGGGGACUCUGAGAGCGAAGGUGGCCCAGAAGAUCCCCAGCAAAGUGUCCCUACUGGAGUCCAACAGGGCCAAGAACCUGGCCAUCACCCUGCGCAAGGGAGGCAUGGCCAACUCAGACAUCUGCACCGCUAUAGAGACGUAUAACCAGGAAGCUCUGAGCCUGGACUUCCUGGAGCUGCUGGAGCGUUUCAUCCCCUCAGAGUAUGAAGUCAAGCUCAUCCAGAACUACGAGCGAGACGGGAGGCCCCUGGACGAGCUCCCCAAGGAGGACCGCUUUAUGGUACGCUUUGGCAAGAUCCCACGGCUGGCCCAGCGCAUCAGCACACUCACCUUCAUGGGCAACUUCCCCGAGCGCAUCCAGCUCAUCCAGCCGCAACUCAACGCAAUCAUCGCCGCCUCAAUGUCAAUCAAGUCCUCUACCAAGCUGAAGAAGAUCCUUGAGAUCAUCCUAGCCUUUGGAAACUACAUGAACAGCAGCAAGAGAGGUGCAGCCUAUGGGUUCCGCCUGCAGAGUCUCGACUUGCUCUUAGACACUAAGUCCACAGACCGGAAACAGACUCUGCUGCACUUCAUAGUGAGCAUCAUCCAGGAGAAAUACCCUGAGCUCCAAGCCUUCCACAGCGAGCUGCAUUUCAUGAACAAGGCUGCUCUGGUGUCCCUGGAUAGUAUUCUGCAGGACGUGUGUGCCCUGGAGAGGGGCAUGGAGGUGACCCAGAAGGAGUUUGCCGUACAGGAAGACAACCCUGUGUUGCAAGAUUUCCUCACCAGCAACAAUGACCUGCUGGACUCUGUAGUAGAAGAUGGCAAGACUGCCCAGGAUGUGUAUGAAUCAACAGUGAAGUACUUUGGAGAGAACCCUAAAACCACACCUCCCUCCAUGUUCUUCCCUAUCUUCGUGAGGUUCAUCAAGGCCUAUAAGCAAGCAGAGCAAGAGAAUGAGCAGAGGAAAAAGCAGGAUGUGUUGUCCAGAGAAGGGAGGACAGGGCCACCGUCGACAUCAGCUAAGUCUGAAAUACCACAGAAGCAGGUACCUAUGAUGGCCAAGCUGCCCCAGAUGGACCUGAUAGCGGAGCUGAAGAGGCGGCAGGUUAUCCCCCUGGUCCGGGAGGGCAAGGAUGGGGCCAUCGAGGACAUCAUCACAGCUCUAAAGGCUGUGCCCUUCACGGCUCGCUCUGGCAAGCGCUCCUCUCGCCUCUUCUGCGACUCUGGCUUCAGUGAUGAGAGCCCCACAUAAUCCCCUCUGAAGUGUGUAGACCUGAGGAACCAGCCGUACAGGCGGACAGACGGGUCCCGAGUCGGCGCCAAGUGGAAGCCCAGGCAAAAGCUCCAAGUCUCUUCCGAUAUUUCCCUGUGAAAGCACACACAUUCGAGCUCCAUUCAAACAAUUACUCUCAUUUCAUUUCAUGGAUAUAGAGUGCACACAAACUUGAAAUAUCUCCCCUAGACUUAACCCAGCAUGGCAGGUGAUUGGUUCUAGCUGUGGUUCAGCCCACAACAAACCUCACUGUUGACUGCCUGCUCUCUAAGUACAGCUUCAGGAAUAUUCGACUGUGAGGUGCUGUUUCCUAAUACUUCUCUGAUCCCCAACAAACACCUACAAUAAAUACACUCUAUUUCCCUGUAAAUACUUCCUGUUUCUACAUACUGCUGAAGGAGUAAGGGCUUGGCCAUGGAUGGACUACAGUUCAACGACUUGAUUUAAAUGAGAAUCACCCUCAUUCUCUACAAUCUUCAUUAGAGCUUUUGGACACGUUUAAAGCAGAUUCAACACUGGGACUGUGUAUAUAACCAUUAGUAAAAGCUAGACAAGACCCUCCAUUUGUUUGUCAUAUUAAUAGCUUAUUCUAUUUGUGGUACUCAGACGGCUGCAACCUGUCAAUCCCAAUAACUGCUGUAUCUGGUGUAAAAGCAUAAUGACCUGUCCUUCUGUCCUAGCACUACUAGGAUUACAACAGCUCAGAACGGAGCUUAGAGCAAGAUUUGUACUAUAUUGAAAUUAUUUUUAAUAUAGAAGUGUAUGGAUAACCUUUUCUUUGUUUCACUAUUUUGGGUUUGAACUAAUAAAUAUUUUAUACUGUGA